UCAGCCUGAUUUCUGUCUGCCUGCUGUCUGUCCCUCCUGGAGAUGAAUGUCCCCUGAAUUCACUGCCUCCUUCCUUCCUUCUGGGGACAGAUGCUGUUCUCCUGCGGGGAGCCUUAGAGCGUGAGCCAGGCGUGUGGGUACUCAGAGGUUGAGAGAGACCCAGAGAAACAGAGAUAGAGAGGCAAAGUCUGAGAGAAGGAGAGAGACGCCUGCCGCACUGCUCCACUGCCUCUGAAGCAGAUCCUUGAACCUGGGUCCUUGCUGAUGAGCCUUGAGCAGCCAGCCAGCAUCCCAGCAGGGACACACAGGAGAAGCUCCUUGUCCUGAGGGCUGACCAGAGCAGGGAGCAGCUGUCUGCCACAGCACCUGCUGCCUCAGGCUCCAUGUCCCAACUGACCCCAGUCCGUCUUGGCAGGGAGCCCCAGGAUGGGGCAGAUGCAGAACCUGUCCGAGUGCUUCCAGUCCAGGAACACCGUGCUGCAGGGCCAGCCCUUCGGGGGGAUCCCCACCGUGCUGUUCCUUAACAUCUUCCUCUGGGUGCUCAUCAUUCUGGUCUACUCCUUUCUGCGCAAAGCAGCAUGGGACUACGGGCGGCUGGCACUGCUGAUGCAAAAUGACAGCCUGACCUCAUUGGUCUAUGGAGAGCAAAGCCAGAAGACGUCUCCCUCUGACAUUUCCCUGGAGAUGGAGCACAAGGACAGGGGCUUCUACUCCUGGUUCUUCAACACCAUCACCAUGAAGAACGAGGACCUGAUCAACAAGUGCGGGGACGACGCGCGCAUCUACAUCAUGUUCCAGUACCACCUCAUCAUCUUUGUGCUCAUCAUCUGCAUCCCCUCCCUGGGCGUCGUGCUGCCUAUCAACUACAGCGGGACCGUGCUGGACAGGAGCAGCCACUUCGGCCGGACCACCAUUGCUAAUGUCUCCACAGAGAGCAAGAUCCUGUGGCUGCAUUGCUUCUUCUCCUUCUUCUACUUCCUCGCCAAUCUUUUCUUCAUGGCGCACCACUGCCUGGUGUUUGUGCCCAGGCAGCACAAGAUGACGAAGACACUGAUGAUCACCUACGUCCCUAAGGACAUCCAGGACCCAGACCUCAUCUCCAGGCACUUUCAUGAGGCCUACCCGGGCUGUGUGGUGACCAGAGUUCACUUCUGCUACGAUGUCCGGAACCUGGUGGACCUGGAUGACCAGAGGCGCCACGCCAUGCGGGGCCGGCUCUACUACACGGCCAAGGCCAGGAAGGGGAAAGUGAGGAUCAAGCUGCACCCCUGCUCCCGCCUGUGCUUCUGCAAGUGCUGGACCUGCUUCAAGGAGGUGGAUGCGGAGCAGUACUACAGUGAACUGGAGGAACAGCUGACGGACAGCUUCAACGCCGAGCUGAGCCGUGUGCGACACAAGCGCCUGGACCUUCUCUUCGUCACCUUCCAGAACUCCCGGAUGGCCAAGCACAUCAAAGAUGACUACAAGUUCGCCCCGUGUGGCAUCCGCCCCCAGCAGUCCUCAGUGACCACCGUCGUCAAGUCCUACAAGUGGAGGGUCAACUUUGCCCCCCACCCCAAGAACAUCAUCUGGAAACACCUGUCCGUGCGCCGCUUCCAGUGGUGGGCCCGCUUUAUCUCCAUCAACACCUUCCUCUUCUUCCUCUUCUUCUUCCUCACCACGCCCGCCAUCAUCAUGAACACCAUUGACAUGUACAACGUCACCCGCCCCAUUGAGAACCUCAAGAGCCCGGUUCUGACCCAGUUCUUCCCCUCCCUCAUGCUCUGGGCCUUCACCGUGCUGCUGCCUCUGGUGGUCUACUUCUCUGCCUUCCUGGAGGCCCACUGGACCAGGUCGAGUCAGAGCUUAGUCAUGGUGUACAAGUGCUACAUCUUCCUGGUGUUCAUGGUGGUCAUUCUGCCCUCCAUGGGGCUGACCAGCUUGGAUGUCUUCUUCCGCUGGCUGUUUGACAUCUACUACCUGGAGCAGGCCAGCAUCAGGUUCCAGUGCGUGUUCCUGCCAGACAACGGCGCCUUCUUCGUCAACUACGUCAUCACAUCGGCCCUGAUCGGCACAGGCAUGGAGCUGAUGCGUGUCGGCUCGCUCUUCCUCUACUGUAUCCGCCUCUUCUUCUCCAGGUCGGAGCCUGAGAGGGUUCACAUCCGCAAGGACCAGGCCAUGGACUUCCAGUUCGGGCGGGAAUACGCAUGGAUGAUGAACGUGUUCAGCGUGGUCAUGGCCUACAGCAUCACCUGCCCCGUCAUCGUCCCCUUCGGGCUGCUGUACCUGUGCAUGAAGCACGCCUCCGACCGCUACAACAUGUACUACUCAUACGCGCCCACCAAGCUCAAUGAGCGGAUCCAUAUGGCCGCCGUCAACCAGGCCAUGUUCGCGCCGCUGCUGGGCCUCUUCUGGAUGCUGUUCUUCUCCAUCCUGAGGCUGGGCACCUUCCACAGCCUCACCUUCUUCUGCUUGGCCAUCCUGGUCUUGUCAGUGAUCAUCGCCUGCCUGGGCACCUUCCUGGGGAAGUUACGUACCAUGCCUCCCUACCAGCAGCCGGAGGAUGAGGCAGACUCGGUGUUCGACAUGGAGCCAAGCAGCACGUCAUCUACACCCACCUCCCUUCUGUACGUGGCCACGGUGCUGCAGGAGCCGGAGCUUCCCCUGACGCCCAGCUCGACCUCAUCCCGCCAGACUUACGGCAGCAUUAGCCGGCCGCCCCCCGAGAACCCAGAGCCGCAGGCCACAGCCUUCCCCGACAGCAAUGAGCUGGACACGGCCGAGCUCCAGGAGGGGCCGGAGCUGGCAGGAGACGGGCAACACCCAUGAUGGACCCCAGGCCUGCACCCAGGCAGACUCGGGAGGGGUGCCCCGAGGGACGUUUCUCGCUGCCAGGGAGGCUGCUCGGAGGAGGGGCUGGCACCCGGCCUGAAGAGGCUGGCUUGUGUGUGGAGACCAGGAUGUGGGGUCUCACCCCUUCCACCAGUUGCCCUGGUUCCCUGGCCCCCUGCUCUGCCGUCAGAGCCAGUAUGGGCAUGGCUGGGCCUGGCCCACCAGAAGAUGCAGGUGGCCACAAUGGGGUCCCCACGGAGCUCUGAGAGGAGAAGGCGGCCACACUGGCGGAUUUGGGGGGUGCCGGGCCCAGACCCGAGGGGAGCAUCACACCUCUUGUCCCUCUGCACGGCCGGUGGCCCUAAGCUGCAGGACAGAACACCACCAUUCUUUCCUGGCGACAGUGCUGGGCUGGCUUGCUCGUUCAUUAAAACGACUGUGUACACUGGA